GGCUGAACUCUGCUGCUCACCAGGCUCUCGGGGUUAGGGAUGAGCAAGGGAAUGGAAGGAGGAGGUUGGUCCAGUGUGGGCAUAAGUUCUUCUCAGGAACGAAGCCAUCCAACCCUCAAGUUCUCAAGGACAUGGACACAGUCCUUCCUCCAGCACCCACCGCCGGGGUGUAGAAGAAUGCAGACUGUCCUGGAAAUCUGGACUUCUGUGUUCUCAUUGCAGCUUUGUUGCCUGACUUUCUGUAAGCUGCCUUCCCUCCCUGGGCCUCAGUUUCCCUCCCUGCUGAACCAGAUGAUCUCUAAGGCCCCCCUCCAGCUCUAACCUACAAGCCUGUCUCUUCACCCCAACUCCUUCCCCAGUUCAGAGAACCCGGGCAUCCAGCUGCCCCACCCCAGCUCUGGGUAAACAGGAAGCUGGGUGAGGGGAGCAGGGGUGUGCGGAAAGUCCCAGCCAGGUGUGUGGGUCUAUGGGGAGGGGGUGGCCCCACCCCUGAGGUAUGAAAGCCCCCCUGCCCUGGCCCUGGCUCAGUCUCCAUGGGGACACUGGGGCUAGAGGGCCGGGGUAGGAGGCCCCAGGGGAAGGGCUGCCUCCUGCUGGCUGUAGCAGGAGCCACGUCCCUGGUGACCCUGCUGCUGGCUGUGCCUAUCACUGUCCUGGCUGUGCUGGCCUUGGUGCCCCAAGAGCAGGGAGGACAGGUAACAGGGACGGCUGACCCGGGGACACAGGCCCAGGCCCAGCAGCGAUUGGGGACACAGGUGCUGCCAGAGGAAGAGGCAGGAAAAGAUUUCAGCUCCAGGCUCCCAGCUGCCCAUCUCAUAGGUGCCUGGACGAAGGGGCAGGGGCUAGGCUGGGAGGCCAAGAAAGAAGAGGCGUUUUUGAGGAGCGGGACGCAGUUCUCCGGCGCCGAGGGACUGGCGCUCCCACAGGACGGCCUCUAUUACCUCUACUGUCACGUCGGCUACCGGGGUCGGGCGCCCCCUGCCGGCGGGGGCCUCCUUGACCACUCGGUCACGCUGCGCAGCCGGCUGUACCGGACGGGGGGCGCGUAUGGACCGGGGACUCCCGAGCUGCUGCUGGAGGGCGCAGAGACCGUGACCCCGGUCUUGGACCCGUCCCGGACGCACGAGUACGGGCCUCUAUGGUACACGAGUGUGGGCUUCGGGGGCCUGGUACAGCUCCGGAGGGGCGAGAGGGUGUACGUCAAUAUCAGUCACCCCGAUAUGGUGGACUACAGGAGAGGGAAGACCUUCUUUGGGGCUGUGAUGGUGGGGUGAGGGCCGCUUGCGGCCCCGGGGAAAGCGACUGCAUGGCUGGAAUGUGUGACCCAGCCCAGAUAUUGGGGACCCGGCCUCCAGGGACCCCGUGGCAGUGGGAAAAAUGUAGGAGACUGUUUGAAAAUUGAUUUCGAGCCUGAAGAAAAUAAAGAAUGUAAACCUUUAGUGUUGCCAAAUA